GAAACUCCUCUGUCGAAAGAGCGAAGGGUGGAGAGAUCACCUCACAGUGGCUUGCAGAUGCGUUCGGCUGCCGACACCGACAAGAAGUGUCAAGCAAGAAUCAUCGUUUGUGGAUCUGCCUUCGUGACGAUGGUUGUCUGUUGCUCUGGGAUGAGGGAGAGGAGGGAUGCUACCCCAUGCGGCUUCAUGAAGCGUCAACAAAGGAUUGCAUCGCCCUGCACCAACCUAUGCAGCACUGGAGGAGGUGGUGCUGAUGAGCAGGGGACGCUGUCAAGGACGCCGAAGCUCCACGCAAUAGAGGAGGAGAUCAGGCAGCUGACGGUCAGUCAGCACUGCACCGCCCUUUGUUGUCUUUUCGACAGAUCUUUCCUCUCGUCUGUCUGUCUGUCUGUCUGUCUGUCUGCAGGCUCGAAGAGAUGCUGUCCUCUCUGCAGGUGCUACUCAAGUCAAGAAGGACAGGCAGCUGCGCAUCAUCCUGCCGCUACGUGACGACUCGCUACCCACCGCACCAUCAGACACUGCGGAGCCGACGCCAGCUGCAGCUAACACCACCGAUGGGAACAACACUGCGGCACCGACAAGCGGCAAUAGCAAUGUGACGGCGGCCAGUGAGGAAGACAGUGCAGCUGUCCGGGCUCUCGUGAUGCGGCGAUGGCGGCGGCUGGUGGCGGAGCAGAGGGCGACGGAGAGUGAGGGCUUCAUGACUGAGGGUGCCCGGCGGCUGGAGCGCCUGAGGGCCGAGCGGGUCUAUCCAUUCAUCGUGGUGCGCGUCGCUCUGCCCGACGGCCUCACACUGCAGUUCCGCGCGAGUGUACGCGAGACGAUUGAGGACCUUCACAAAGUCAUCAGGGAGGUCAGCAAGCGACGGAGGGAAACGCACCGCGGCAGACAGACAUCUGGUCGUGUGUGGUGCAGGUGCUUGUGUCGCGCCGCAUGUCGUCUGCCGCUCUAUCCUUUGACCUUCAUCUGCCGCUCUGCAGAGAUGUGCUGCGCCCAUCUGCAACGCUCGAGGAGGCCCGCAUCAGCCCCCCUGCCGCCCGGCUGAUGCUCAAGUGGCGGAGACCUGACGAUGUGGCGCGAAUCAUGGCGAGCGGCAGGGGCGGAAAGCACGGUUACUUGAAUGAGAGGGGCAAAAGGCUGCUCAAGAGCGCGGGGAGGGGCCAGUGAGUCGAGCAAGCCAAGCCUGCAUUCCUGCGGCGAUGAGUGAGGUGGCAGACGAGUCGCGUGGGUACGUGGGUGCGUGGGUGUGACGUCUGUCUGCCGACAGAUGCUGCCGUGGUGCAUGUUUGUGAUUUCACUUGUAAAAAGUGACGUGCUC